UACUACAAGUUACCUACGUUUUCAAUUCCAAUCCAAAUAUUAACAUUUAAUUAUUAGUUAAUUAGUUAUUCAACUCAACAUCUUGUUACCAAACAAAGUUAAUAUAUUCAGUUACGGUUAAAAAUCAUUAUUCACGGUGUGUGUGUGUCAUCUAACCCUACUUUUGUUUCAACCUUGUGUUUUGUUGGUUUGGUGUUUGGUUUUGGUUUUAUUGUUUGGAGAAGAAUAAGAUAAAUACUGUGAAGUUAGCAACGUUUGUAGGUUAAUACAAAAGUUACGUGUAAAUGUAAAAGCAAUAAAAAACCUAGGUGAUUGAAAAAAAAAUUGAACUAUUAGUCGUUGAGAUGUCGUCCGGUAAAAGUCAUUUCGGCCACCAUGGGGGUUUCAAUUGGGGGCUAUAUUUUUUGGGAAUUGUUAUUGUUGCUGUAUCUUUUUGCGUUUUGUGUGAAAUGUUACGGACCAAACGAAAAAGGGGAGGCAGGAGAUUACUCAGUGACAAUGGCCCCACGGUGACAGUGACGACAACGACGCAACAAUCGCAUCUAGCGGCAUCGCCGCAAGUCAUCCCUCCCUAUCCCAUAAACGCACGUCAUCCCACCCCAGCUAAUGCGCCAGGGUUCACGCCGCAUCAUCCGCCUUAUCCGACACAUGCCCCUAGUAUGCCUUUCCCGCAAGGCGGUGCACCGUACCCUCCUGCGCCUUAUCAAUCGACCGACUACAGUGCCAACCCCCCACCAUACGACGUUGCAGUGGCGCAGCCUCCAAUUCAACCUCCAUCGUCCAAAGACAGCUACCAAAAACAAUCCCCCUACAAUCCAGGAUACAACUAGACUUAAGUCGGGAGAGCUUGUUGGCCCCGAUUCUUAAAUAUGUUCUUUAUCGUUUUCCAUUAACUUUUUAAUAUCAUUGAAGAACAAAUUAGGUUAGGUUUUAUUCGUUUAUGUGAUACAGUAAUGGAACUGUUUAAUUAUUACAAAUUUUAUGUCAAACGCACGACUUAGUUAAGGAAUAAUUUUUGUAAAUAAAAAAAAGGUUCUUCAGUAAUAUUAAUUGAUUUUGGGGGAUUUAAGAUGCCAAAUCUUGAAUCUUUAUGAUGUUAAAAUUAGUUUUUGAUACUCGUCUAAUGUUGUCAAAGUAGGUUCAGAAAAACUGAAAUACUAGAAGCUAAAAACUCUUUAUUACUAAUGAACAGAUUCCGUAAUUUUUGAAGAAAAUGCGUGUUUUUUGUAUGAACGAUCUCUUUUAGUAGGAAAGUGUGCAUAUGAAAUUGUACAAUCCUUAUAACAGAGAAAAAUUUUAAUUUAAUGUUUUUUUGUUCAAAUUAACGUUAUAAUCAAUUUUUAGUUCCAAGUUCCAUAGAACGCCGUUUGACAUUUUUGCUGUCAACUGUAAGAAUUUUUAUUGACAGGUGACAGGUAACUAUUAAAUCAUUAAAAUUAUGUGUUUUUAAAUCUGUCACAUUUUCAAUGUUAUUCGGAUUUUAACAUUUCGUAGAAGAUUUUUACAUUUUCUUUGUUUCUCCGUUUCAACCAAGAGAGAAUACGUGAUCAAAAGCUGUUCAAUUGUACUAGUCUACAAUGCAAAAACUAGUCUAGAACUGUAGAAAUACAUUUCUUUGUUCGAUGAGUAUUUAUUCCAUAGUAAUGUCGUUUUUUUUUUCUCGCCCUUUGAUUCCUCGUACUAUGGUCUUGAUCUAGAGUUCAAUCUGUCACAUAUCGACGUUUAUGUCAUUUUUGACAUGUUCCUGUUAACGAUAAUGUCAAAUCUUAAUUCUCACUUGUCGUUUAGAAAGAACAUUUUCUGGCAGAUUCCUAAACGGGUUCUAUGACAAAAUCGGCCAUUUUUACGUAGACACUAAUUUAAUUUGACUUUUCUAGUCUUGACUUUUGACGACUACUUCAUAACAAACUUUUAGCAAAAAAUCGAUACCAAACAGAACCCCAUUGCAAACAUUUGUGUUGUUUUCUCACUAGUUUUAGUAACUUUUUUAUGGGUUGGUACGAGCGGUGAACUACUCCCGAAAUACUGGUACGUUUUCACUUGGAAUCGUUAACAAAUACUUUCGAAAUAUCUGGAAUUAUCACAGAAAUCCCGAAAUCAUCACCAAAACAUGACAAAGAAUGAGUCAUUGUGGCCCGGAGGGUACGGGUUUGGAAACUAUUAUCCGGACUCCGGGUUUACAUUAAAAUUAUCCGGGGAAUCGCCGAGGUGGACCAAAAAAAAAAUGAGUUCAGAGCAAAAACAUUAUUUCUCUGAAAUCGUAUAAAAUUAAAGAGGGAUACUAUUAUUUAAUUUACGCCAAAUGUUAAAAAGUUACAUUUUGACGUUUUACGAAUGAUAUUUAUAGGUAUAUAAAUUUUGAGAGAUAUCUACGAUUUUGAUGUCUCAAAAAUAUGUCAAAAACGUCAAUGUGGCUUCGUUCGUCAAAUGUAAAAGAAAUCCAUUUUUGACGAAUGAUGUUCAUGGGUUAGUAGCGUUGUUUCGGAAGAUAUCUACGUUUUUAAUAUCUCAAAAAUGUACGUCGAAAACUUCAAUGCGAGGGAGAAACCACUAAGGUCAAAACAUACCCGUAUUUCGGAAAUCACCUAAAAAUGUUUUAUGUGAUUUCGGUAUUUGGCUGAAAAUCCACCUUAAUUUUAUAAGCUGACAUUUUUUGGACUAUUUCCCUGUCUUUUGAUACACAAGCUGCUGAAUUUACGUUUUUGAGCGACAAAUUGAUUUCGAAGUGAUUUCGCCCAUGAUUUUCGAUGAAGAUUUCAGAAUUUUCGUAGUAAUUUCGAGUAAAAAAACGUACCAGUAUUUCGGAAGUGGUUUACCCCUCGCUUUAAUGUUUUUAUUGUCGAUCUUAUGCGAUGUAUAGAAAAUGUCACUUUGUAUUGACGAAUGUCUUUAAGGCUUAACAUUCGUCAGAUGUAAAAGAAAUCGCAUUUUUGACGUUUGACGAAUGAUAUUUAUGGGUUGGUUGCACUGGUUUGGAAGAUAUCUACGAGUUUGAGGUCUCAAAAACGUCAAUGUGGCUAAAUGUUCGUCAAAUCUAAAAACAUCCAUUUUUAACGUUUGACUAAUGAUAUUUAUGAAUGGUAGCACCGGUUCGGAAGAUAUCUGCGAUUUUGAUAUCUCAAAAAUUUGCGUCAAAAACGUCAUGUUUUUUGAUCUUACGCGAUAUAUAGAAAAUAUCACAUUUUUGUGUUUGACGAAUGCCUUUAAGACAACGUUCGUUAAAAGCCAAGAAAUCACAUUUUAAAAAAUAUCUACAAUAUUUAUGUCUCAAAAAUGUGUCAAAAUCAUUAAUAUUUUUGACGGUUGACGCAUUUUUUUAACGUUAAUCUUACGAGAAAUAUAUAAAAAGUCACUAUUUUGACGAAUAUCUUUAAGGCUUAACGUUCGUCAAAUGUAUAAGACAUCGCAAUUUUGACGAAUGAGAUUUAUAUAUUGGCAGUUCCGGUUUGGAAGAUAUCUACGAUUUUGAUGUCUCAUAAAUGUACGUUAAAAACAUCAAUAUUUUUAACGUUGAUCUUACGCGAUAUAUAUAAAAUGUCACAUUUGUAUGUAUGGCGGUUGUCUUUAAGGCUUAACAUUCGUCAUAUGUGAAAAAAUCUGUCAAAAACGUCGAUGUGACAACGUCUGUCAAAUAUAAAAGAUAUCGAAUUUUCGACGUUUGACGAAUGAUAUUUAUGAGUUUCUAGCACCAGUUUGGAAGAUAUCUACGAUUUUGAUGCCUAAAAAAUGUACGUUAAAAACAUCAAUGUUUAUAUGGAAAAUGUCACAUUUUUGCGGUUGACGAAUGUCUUUAAGACUUAAAGUUCGUCAAAUGUACAAAAAACACAUUUUUAACGUUUGACGAAUGAUAUUUAAUGGUUGGUAGCACCAUUUGAAAUAUAUCUACGAUUUCCAUGUGUCAAAAACGUCAAUGUAGCUUAUAACUUUCUUUAAAUAUAAAAUAAAUCCCAUUUGACGAAAGUUAACUUUCGUCAAAUGUACAAGAAAUUUUUUACGUUUGACGAAUGUCUUUAAGGCUUAACCUUCGUCAUAUGUAAAAUAAAUCGCAUUUUUGACGUUUGGCGAAUGAUAUUUAUGGGUUGGUGCACCAGUUUGGAAGACUGUCAAUAUGGCGCGUCAACAUCCAAAUGGCGAUCUUGGAAUCGGAAGUACAGUUUUUGAUAAUUUUCAUAUAUUAUCCAUUAUUUAAGAGACCGUUAAACUUAAAAUUGUACCAAACAAAUUAGUAUAUUUAAUGCUAACAUUGAAAACAUAAUAUUUUAAGCUAUAUACCAAGCGAAGUAGAAUAAGUGAUGACAAAAUCAAUGGAAAAAAACGAGCCUAUAUAUCAAAAAAGAGAAGUCGUUUGACGCAUGUUUAAUUUGGGCGAAAUGUUGAAAAGUUAUAUUUUGAUGUUUGACAAAUGAUCUUUAUGGGUUAGCAGCACUGGUUUGGAAGAUAUCUACGAUUUUGAUGUUUAAAAAAUAUGCCCUCAUUUUUUGGACGUUUGACAAUUAUUAAAUGUACCAGAAAAUGCAUUUUCUUGUUCGAAAAGCGAUGCUUGAAAUAAAGCAACUAAACGUACGCAGAUUGUGUUUGGCGUUUGUAUCUGUCACUUGUCAUUUUUCGGUUAACACAGCACAGAUACGCACGUCUAUUUUUGGUUAUUUGAUUGUUUAAACUUGAGAAUGCCAAAUUUUUGACGUUUGACGCAUUAAGUUCUUUCGUUCGCAGUGUACACCAGUUACACCACCUUUAUUUACCUAGUUUAUUUCCUCCUUAUUUCUGAUUACAUGGCGAGUGUAGUUCACUCCUGCUAAAUAGCUGGUGGAGAAAAUAUCCACCAGUGGACACCACAUCGCCGAUAGGAAGGUGUAGUGGAAUUUAUACCGGGCCAAACAAAAGGCGUGGUGUGCGUUGGUGUAGUUAAUUCCUACACUAGUGGGACGAACGAAAGAACCUAUAGUUUUUAAGGUCAAAUAUAAGUAACACGUGAUGUGCACGUCAAAUACGUCACGGUUUUAACGCACUGCUACUAACUAAAAAAAAACUGUUAAUAAAAUUGGUACCAGAACUAUCAAACCAAACUUUAUAAAGAUUUACUCUUAAAAAUAACUUAUUUUUGGUUCAGAUCACUAUUUAAAUGGCCGACUUUGUAACUGAUGCUCAAGCUAGUAAUUUAACCCAAAUUAAGUUGGUAAUCGUGUUUAAUAAUUUUUAAAUUUCCCGACACUCAAUGUUUUAGUGGUGCUUUUCUUAGAGUUUUCUAAUCUCUUCUCCAGUAGCCUCUAUCGUUAGCUUUCGUCUUUUGCUACUUCGAGUAGCUAUUAAGAAAACUCGCUACCUAACUUUUCAACUGUCAACUUAACUGUCAUUAAUGACAUUAAUAUGGAAUAUCAUCAUGUUCAUCGUUAACUUCAAAAACUACGCAUUUCUAAUAGCCAGCGAAUUUUUAUACACGUUUACUUAAUUAACUGAUUUUAAACAGUAAAUUUAUAUAUUUUUACUGAAUAUUGACUAUUUUUUGAGACAUCUAAUUCAUAUAAUAUUGCAAGAGAGGUAGGAAAUAAAAAAGAAAUAAUUAUAAAUCUUGAUUUCGAAACAUUAUUUUUGUUACUUUUACUGAUAAAGUGAGAACAUUAUAAGGCAAAAAAGAGGCGUGAUAGUUUGCAAUAAGUUUAAGGAAAUUAUUUUUUGCUUGUGAGUCCUCUGGUAUCGACUCUCUGACUUUAUUUCCAUAAAACGCGGUAUAAAUGAUAACUGAUGUUUCUGUUGUCAAUUGUCAGAGUUUGAAAUCAAUAUCAUUGACAGGUGAUAAGUAUUAACAUUGUACUUCAAAUUAAUGAAAUCACGAAAGGAUAUGCGACAUAAAUGACCUAAAGCUAAAAUAUGUUCACCUGAUUCCCUUUUACUAUCCAAUUCCCGUAAUUCUUUUUAAAUUAUCUCUAUAAUUUUGUUUGCAUUUCUCGUAAUUUAACCAUUCGUUUAAAUAUGUAAAUUCCUGCCUAUUUCUUACACUUGUACGUCUAAUUUUAUCUGCAGUUUACACCUAAUUAAUAACAAAAAUAAGUAUUAAAAUGGUUCUUCAAAUGUGAAAUUAUUGAAAUGACAAAAGGCUACACUUAUGGAGGGUAGAGAAAAGGAGGACAAUCUUAUAUGGAUCUUUAUAUUAAAAAGUGGCCACCAAAAUGUAUACAAUUAAGAUGGCGCUCGUGUAGCCAGGGGACAAAAUCCAAUGCUAUAUAGUCAUAUAGAUUGCUCAUUUAUAAUUAAAUCAGACAGGAAGCAGUAAAUUGAGACCUCCGUGUCAUUUUAAUAUAAGAAUUAUUUAUUGUUUAUAUUAUUAUUUUUCAAUAAAGUUGACUAUUGUCGUGUAUUGUCAAAAUUUAUCUACGAUCACAGAACACUUACUCUUCUACGAUCAGUCACUUUUCACGGUGUAGUUUUUAGUUUUUUUAUGGUUGAGCAAUAUUUAUUACUAUAUACAUCAUUGGUGUCAUUGUGUGAUCUGAAUUAUCGACUGCCGACGUCCCCUGGGCACAGAAGCGCCAUCUUAAUUGUAUACAAUUUGAGGGACACUUUUUGUAUACAGAGAUUGUUCUCCUUUCCUCUACCCUCCAUAGCUACACUGGUUCUCGAUCAAAAUUUGUCACUUGUCAAUUUAUAAGAAAAUCGUAGUCAUUUUUUUACAAUGUUGGUAAAUUUAGAAGCUUAACACUUUCUAAUAGUUUUAGAAUGAUUUUCAAGAUCCCAAUAUCAUUAAAAAUUGGUUGAAAACGCCACUAAUAUAAGCGUUUUUGUAUAACAUCAGUUUGAAUAUAAUCUAAAUUUAUUCGAAAAUUGCUGCAAAUUCUUCUACUUUAAAAUUAUUUGAGCUGUAGUAGAAUUCUCCUGGGUCUUCCCCAUGUAAUUUUUUCUAGGACUUCAUAUAUGAAAAUUCGCCUAAAUUUUUAAUACGCGGAUAUAUAGGCAACUGAGUUAUUAAUAAAUUGAAUUUGGAUUACAAUUAUGGGUUAUUUGUCUUUUAUCGUUUAUACAUUGUUUCUGUUAUCUGAUCUCUAUUAGUAUCGUUCAUUUGGUUCCUAUUUGCUUUUUCGUCUUCUUUAUACCUGUCGUCAUUUUCCAGCUUUCUGGGUCUGUACUUUCUACUUUUCUUGUACCUACUAGUUUCCAUCACUCUUACCAUGUUAUGUAAGUCUUUUUAUGUGAUACUAAGAGUUGAAUGCAACUUCAUUUGUACCUACAUUGGUUAUCUUUAUAACUUUUUGUCUGGUUCAUCUAUGCCCAUUCAAAAGCAUUCAUGCUUCUCCUCGUAGUCAUUUAUUGCAUUCUAUAUCUCUCUUCUAAUUUUAUAGCCAAUUUUCUAACUUAAUUUUCACAAAUACCACUCUUAAGAUGGCAGUUUUUAAGCUGUGUUUCUCAUGCAACAAGGAAAUGUUUUCGUUGAGCAUAAUAACAAAAAAGCUGUGAAUUAGGAAAGAAAAGUUAAUCGUUCUCACUCUGCCUCUUGCUGCCUUUUCUCAUAUUUCAUAUUCUACUAAAUUGCAUUUAAUUCAUUUCCAAGCUACAUUGUUGCCAUUUUAUCCGCAUUGUGCCAACACACGUUUUGUACAUGGUCACUAUUUUACCCUCGCCCUUGUGACAUGUAAUUGUUCUGUUUACGUCGCCGUUGACAGCUGUCAUUCAUUCAAUUUUACCAACCAAUCAGAAGCUUGUUUCAGGCAGCUGCCUGCCAAAAAACAAAUUGAUAUCUUUUAUUUUUCAGAUUCCGAAAAAAUGUUAUUUGCAAAAUGUACUUAGUGUUUUGAUUUCUUACUCGUGUUAAUGAUUUUGGAAUUAUGAUAAUCCAUCAUCAAAUUAUUUUUAAAAUAAAAUUGUCAAUCGAUACCAAGGAACUACUAAUUUCUUCCAAAUAAGUUUGUACUUUUUUUUUAACGAAUUCAAAUAUAUUUUUUUAAUUCAAAAUAUUUGGAGAUCAUAAUUUUAAAAUGUUUUUUUUUAAUCGUAUUGCAGUGGACAAUUGUUUCGAAAAGAAAGCAUUAAAUUAAUGCCUAAAUAGCCCUUCAGAAAUAACUCAAAUUCCAUUUUCCUUCUUUUUAAUAGCUUUUGUAAUUUUAUUUUUUAAAUCAUUUAAAUGGUAAAUAAAAAAGUUUGUGUAACAUUUCAGUUAUUUCUGCGGAGCCACAUAUAUACCGACAGGGUCCAAACUGCUUCCGGAUGCCAUUUAAAACUAUGGCGACACGGUUACAAUUCAGUUUUUUUAUUUAUGUGUUAUGCUUUUCAAUGUGAUAUACUAUGCUUAAGGGUACGAUUUAAGUGUAAAUAAAGCAAGGAAAAGAGUUAGUUUUAUAUAUGUAAUGUUGGAUUUGUCAAUAAUAAAAAAGAGGAGUCAACACGAUGAAUUACUUCAAAAGUGGAAAAAAAUAUAUUUUAUGAUAUGUAAGACUGUAUUAUAACCAAUUAAAAAGCAUUGUCUAUAUACAUUUUAGUGUUUUAUUUUUUAAUCUCGAUAUUUUUCUCGCCGAGAAAUUUUUGAAAGUGGUUGUUCCAGUAGUUUCAGAUGUUUUUACAUAAAUAAUCAAUCCCACAGUGUUGGAUCGUGCAAUCUAGGUGACCAAUCCUCUUUUAGAAAGAACUCUUUCGAAUACCUUUUCUGUAUCAAUAAACACCAUGCCCACCCAUAUUCGUUUCUGCAUGUAUUUUUCAAUAACUUCCCUAACAAUAAAGCUCUCGAACCUUCCCGGUGUGAAUGCAAAACGUGUCUUUUUUUCCACCGGUUUGUUGUAAUCGUUGUUUCACCGAUGCGACCUUGAACGCCGAUUCGGUUUAUUUGUGGUUGAGCGUUGAAAUAAAUAACAGUUGACAGUUGUGCUUUGUGUGUUGUUGGUAGAU